GCUAGUUCGGCGCGCAGGUGCCUAAUUCCUCUGGUGAUGUCCACGAUUAAGUUUGCCAGUUCGGAUGGCGAGAUUUUUGACGUGGAUGUUGCAAUCGCCCGACAGUCUGUAACAAUCAAAACGAUGCUGGAUGAUACAAGCACAGUGAUUGAGUUAACCUCCCCGUCAGUCUUCACUCGCUUCCAGCUGCGCACCUCUGGUGAUCCAAAGUCUGCUGCGGUGGGAUGUGCAGGGGUGGGUAUUGUGCUGAGUCACUGGGCGGAAGUAUCCUUACUUGAUUGGAUACCUGUUGAUAGUCUCCUCUGUGCGGUUCGUCUGACAACGUCUGUGAAGGAGUCUCAUAAGCGGCAAGUUGAUAGAUGUCUGUUUAUCAUGUCUGCCUACGCCCCAACUGACUGUAGCUCCGGCGCCGUCAAAGACAGGUUUUACGACGCCCUGAAUGCCCUACUGCGGCGAGCUAAAAGCUCAGACAUUGUGGUUGUUGUUGGAUAUAUGAAUGCGCAAGUGGGUGAGCUUAGUUCAUCUGAGACUCAAUUAGGAGGUCGACAUGGACUGGACUCGAGUCUUCCGAAUGCUCCACCAUCAGAUGUGAACUCAUACUGGGACGAGAUUGUCACCUCUUUGCAUAGUGCUGGGAAUUUCGCCUGUGGCACGACCCGACCAGGUGCACUCAAGCACUGGAUAUCAGACCGAACGGUGGCACUACUUAAAUCUCGAAGAAAUAUCCCAGCCGGUCCCGAACAUAACCCGGUGCGAAGAGUUAUCAGACAUCAAGUGAACGUGAGCUUGCGAGCCGACCGUGAAGUGUGGUGGACACAGAAGGCCAAAGAAAUGGAAGGGGCCCAGAAAGCCGGUAAUGUCCCACGAUUAUUUCACCUGAUCCGUGCGACCGGUCCCCGGAAACCAUCUAAGAACGCCUCGACCGGUGGACUGAAUACUUGGAACAAUAACUGUCCUGGCCACCAUCCCACAGGUGAAGUAGAACCCUGGACGGUGAACGUGGAACCACCUACGGCAUCGGAGGUUUACGAAUGCAUAUUUUCUCUCAGACGUCACCGAGCUCCUGGUCCGGAUGACCUCCCACCCUCACUGUUCAAAAACAGGGGUGAAGUCCUCAGAAAGGACGUUUUCGGUUGUGCAACCGGUACUUCCAUUGAAGAAUGUGUCCAGCACCAGAAGUUGCGUUGUUUGGGAUAUUUGUUGCGUAUUCCGAACCAUCGUUUGCCAAAGAGAGUGCAGCUUUCCAUGCCCAAUUCGGAGUGGCGUAAACAGAGAGCUGGUCAAUCCUUGACUUGGCAGAGGAAUAUGAAGGAGAUCACGAAGCGCUUGGGUGCUGUCGGUGCUACCCGUCUUCCAGGAUGGGGACCGCGUGAUCCUCACUGUGCCUGGUUGGAGACACUACAAGAUCUCGGUAUGGAAGAACAGGGCGAUGAAGAGCCAGUCCCGCUUCCCAAUGUGAACGCAGGGAUCUUGCGAAAGGUCAUUCAGUGGUGCACCUAUCACCGCGAUGACCCGCCACCACAAGAAGACGAUGAAAACAAAGAGCGACGAACUGAUGAUAUCCCAAGUUGGGACCAAGAAUUUUUGCGAGUUGACCAAGGGACUCUGUUUGAGCUGAUGCUCGCCGCAAACUACUUGGACAUCAAAGGCUUACUAGAUGUUUGUUGCAAAACCGUGGCUAACAUGAUCAAAGGAAAAACUCCGGAAGAAAUCCGCAAAACCUUUAAUAUCAAGUGUGAUUUCACUCCACAAGAGGAGGAGCAGGUCAAUAUAGUCACCGGAUUAUUUGCACCUUGCAUCCAAAGAACACCAAGGUUGUGGGUCGUUUGUGCAGGUGACCUGACAGAAUGUGAAGAUGUGGUCGACGAAGCCUCUACCCAGUCCAAAUCUCGCCUAGCGCUCACGGGCCAAGGUCCCGCUGGCUGUCGUAAGACGACAAAGGAUCAGUGGCCGCAGAAGCAGAAUUACAACAGGAGUCAAACUGACGACCCUGAGAUUACUACAUCCACUACCAGUGUAACGGUGGGUACUACUGAUGAAGCAUCGGCCGUCAUUCUUUACCUGACCACCCAGCGAUUAACCGAUUUAUGCCGCCACGCCAGUCAACACAGCCAAGAUUUUCAGGCCGCAAUCUGGCCCGCCGACUUCCAAAUGCUCAGCACCAAAGCCACAGUAGUGAAUCUUACACAGGGUCGGCAGUGCAAAAAUAGAAUGGUCACAGAGAGGACGAAUUCAUCCGCCAAUUACUGUAGUGUUGUUAACUUGUUAGAUAGGCCACUGAGCGAAGACAAACACUGUCUGUUAGAAAAGGGACUAAACUUCGCUGUGAGCAGAAAAGUAAUAAGAGCAGAGGUAAUAAUUCCUAGUUUUGAAUUGCUGUUUCAAAAGAUUCCGUCAGCGGAAGCUGAGAAGCUACGAGUACAAAUGGUCACGGUCCUAAAAUCCCAACAGCUUGGAGCUUCAAAUACUGCACCACCAGAGCGGAGAGCACUGAACACACUGAGACAGUUAAAUAGUAUUUUCGUUGCCAAGGCCGAUAAAGGUGAAGCCACAUUAGUAAUAAACGAGAGCGACUAUCUUCAAAAGGUCAGGCAACACCUCGCCGAUGGACCCUACCUACAAAUUACCGGUGGCAGUAUUAUUUCACAUGAGAUAGCUAGAUUCUUAGUUGGUAUGAUAAAAUCACUCACGGGGAAGUCAGGCACCUUCAUUAGGAAUUCAUACGACUUUGCCAAUAAGGUCACAGGGCUUCCUUUGGAAAUGGACGAAGUCCUCCCAGCACGUGCGCCCACAGACUUUGUUGUUAGUCGAAGUUCAAUAGCCAGUCAAGCCCGUGAAGAAGAUGAGAUAUACCUCAGCACACGAGCCCAGAGAUUUCUGUUCAGUUCAUCUCUUGUUCGAGAUGCGUGCGUUUCGCGCCUGGAAAUCAAAUACAAACGAGAUCUCGUCUCACUCAAGCUGUAUGAGAAUUUCCACUCCAAGCUGAUGACGGGGAUGUAUUAUUUACUUAUUACAGUUAACCUAUUAACAAUCUUGAUAGAAUAUCCUUCGACAUUUAUGAUUAAUCGAGUCCACCAACCACCGUAUCAGAUCGCACUGACUCUAAAUGUGGUGUGCCUUAUCUUCUUUUAUUACCGCUGGUUCAUAAUCCAUUCGAUGUCGGAGAAAGAAAAGUCAAGUGAAACCAUAUUUAUGAAAGUAACAUUUGGCAUUCUCGUCCUGAUGACAUUGGACAUGGUUAUCUAUCUCAUCUGCCAAAACAUCCCCAACGCAGUGCCCGUGCAGUGGUCUCGAUGUCUACGUCCCAUCCUUUUGCUCACGUUUCCAGGAAAUCGGCGACUACGAGCCGCCUUCAACAACCUACGUCGUACAGCCUGUGACGUCAUACCAGUGUUCGGUCUGAGCAUAUCUGUUGUGGCUGUCAUCAGCAUAGUGGCAAAUGCAGUGCUAACAGGGAAAAAGUUGGUCUAUCCCAACAACACUCCAUACUUUUCCGGAUAUCUUGACAUAUUUUGGGAAUUUUAUGUGCUUUCGACCACAGCUAAUUCACCCGAAGUCAUCGUACCAGCCUAUGAACACGAUCGGAUGUAUAUUACAAUGUACAUUAUUGUGGUCGCAUUGAGUACCUGGUUGUUCACGAGUAUACUGACUGCGUGCGUUUACAAUUCCUAUAAAGCCCAUCUCGGUGAGUCUGUGGUCAGUGUGGUAGCGAAACGGAAGAAUAAAUUGGAUGAAGCUUUCCACCUUGUAUGCACGCGCACACCAAACGGUGAACUGGGUAUCAGUCAGGGGACAUUUCUGCGUCUGUUGCGGCUUGCAAAACCAGGACGAACUGAAGACGCAAUGCGGGUAAUUUUUCAUUUACUGAACAAAAGUCGCUCGGGAUUUCUGAAUGUGACUGAGUUCGGAAGACUGGCCGAGUACAUUAGAGCUCGUUUCGAAGAGGUGGAAUUGAGCAGAAGAGAGUUUCAGAAAUUUGUACCGCGUUUUUAUGAUCUGUAUUAUUCACCACCAUUUCAGUUAUUCAAAGGAGUCGCUGAACACCGAGUUACCAAGUUAUCUUUCACCUGUCUGAUUAUGGCCAAUGCAAUAACAGCCAUUUUAUUACAUCCAUAUCCAUCUUUGCAAAACGCAGCCGAAUGGUUCUUCACCUUGAUAUUUCUGUUCGAACAGGCCAUAAACUAUGUGCUUUGCGGUGGGAUUCGGUUUUUUAAAAGCGGUUGGAAUAUGUUCGAUUUCAUUGUGGUCUUCGUGGCGUUCUUGGCAAACAUGUUACACAGCUGCUUGGAAGUACUGGGAAUUCGAAUAACCACAGGUGUGACACAAGUCAUUUUGAUUCUCCGAACACUCCGCUUGCUGAGGUUUAUUCGAGUAGUACCAAAGUUUAAAACGAUAGUAGAUUCCAUUGUCGUCAUUAUACCCUCGUUGUGCAAUUACCUUCUCAUUCUGAUGAUGUUUUUCUACAUAUAUGCUUGCAUUGGGAUGGAGAUUUUUGCCCAUGCCUAUGAACCACCGUAUCCGCCAGGAAAUUAUACGCCAGAAACCAGCUGCGCUAGUCAUCUGUUGAUCCAUUCAGAUUUUGUGAAGUCACACUAUUGUAUGUUCAACUUCAACAGUGCGGCCGAAUCCUACCUGCUCCUAUUUACAUUGGCUGUGGGCAACAAUUGGCACCACCUGGCUGAUGGGCUCCAACUGACUGUAUCUAGCUGGGUCAGGGUGUAUUUCAUAGUUAUUCACUGGUCAUGCGUGAUACUUGUACUGAAUGUGAUAUUGGCCUUUAUCAUUGAAGCAUUCCUGCUGGAAUUCGAUACUCGUCAGACACACUUUGAAGCAUACGUGCGUCAACGACUGGUGGAACUUGAAAUGGAUGCCAAUAUCGAACUGGAAAAGCGUGGGAUCUACGGUUACGGAACACCUGGGUUCCAUAUAACACGAGAACAACUGGACCAUGCAUUCCCACACAAUGCACCGGUAACAAAGGCGUUCCUGGCGCUCGAGGAUCAUGCAUCAAUUGAAGUGCUUAUGUUUCGAAUGUUUGAACGCGAGAUAGAACAACUGAUACGAGAUCUACGAAGUGACGCGAAAAAUGCUAAGCAGUACAAAACUCGUGACAUAUACUCGCAGUUUAACCAGUAG